AUGACGACCCCGCGUCCGGCAAACAACGCUGCGAAACACGCUCUUGCGAGGUCGGCCACUAUUCGCAGUGUUCCCAGUCUCGACGGCUCCGAGUCCAGUCCCGACAGCAGACGCAGUGUCCUUUCCAGUAGCGUCAGUUCCGCCACCGGUACCGCCUCAAUCAUGCCGGGCACAGAUGCCGAACAAGACAAGACACCUUCGACGACCAGGUUAAAGCAGGACAGUGGAGCUGAGACGACGCCUUCAAGGUGGCACGGCAAUGGCGUGCGAGCGGUUGAGCCGUGCCUCGUACAUGACCCAUCGAUGCUGCCGGAAGAAAUGGACAAUGGACAAUGGGAUUCAACAAUUGGAAAAGCUGGCCUAGGAAAGACGGGACGCGUCAUCAAUAAGCUUGUUAGCGACAAUGACGCCCUAAAGCGAGACAUCAAAAUUGAGCGGUUGCGCGCAGAGGAGGCCAAGCAGGCUGCUAAAUUGCUAGAAGACAAAAUGGAGCGGAUCAUGAACGAGUAUGAGGGUCGCUUGCUGGAAGCAAAUGUAACAAAAACACUGUUGGCUCGGAAAGAACGUCAGGUAGAGUCGCUUACGGGUGCGGUGGAACUCGAGAAGAGGAAAACACAGGCAGCAGUGGCGAGCGAAAGAAGCUGGAAAGACGAACUAGAAAGGGUCAAGAACGAGUCAAAGGUCCGCGUAGAAGAGGCAACAAGCUAUGCGCAGUUGAUGGAAGGCCGAUAUAACGCCAUCUCCUCUCACUGGCGAGACCAAGGCGAGGAAGUCAAACGUGCUGUGUCUAAAAUGAGGGGGGAAAUCACAACCAUUGUCGACGAACGGAGGUCUGACGAUGAGAAGAUCACCACUCUGAGGGACUUGUGUGAACAACAAGACAACAAUAUUAAAGAGCUAAGGCGGGAAAAGGAAGAGAUCGCUCGUCUAUUUGAGGAGUAUAAGAGGACUCAAGAAGAGGACCUGAAAGACAUCAAGACCAACGCGAAGAAGAGACAAACCGAACAGGAGAAGCAGCUGGAUGAGGCGAGAGAAGCCCUUCAUAAGCUGAAAUGGGCCUUGAACGUCAAAGAGAACGUCAGAGGCGCGCAAUGA